CUACGAAACGAAAAGGUCGUACAUGCAGUACACAUACAUUCGGACCUGCAUUGCAUUCAUUCGCAACAGUUGCCUGAUUGCCUCAGGACACCAAUCAGAUCAAUCAGAUCAAAUACAAGGAUAGGAUCCCGAUAUUUCCCACGUGAUCCUCACCUUCAAUUCCGCAAACCCCCCAGAAUGGCAUUCUCCACCUCCAACCACAAGAAUAACAAAAGCAAAAUAAGAAAUUAAAAUGGUUUUGGAGCUCCAUGUCUGGGGUCCGGCCUUCUCUCUGCCCUCAAUCGAGGCGCAAUGCCUCGCAACCAUAGCCUACUUUUCUCUGGCCCUGCCUAAGGACGCGUGGGUGCUUGUCGCAAGCAGUGAUCCGUCCGUGUCCCCAACCUGUGAAUUGCCCGCUCUACGAAAUGGCUCGACAUGGGUGAGCCGGUUCCGAAAUAUCGUGGACUAUCUGCGACAAUACUCAAAUGGCGAGUGGGAUUUAGAUGGAGGGUUGAGCGGUCUGCAAAGGGCCGACAAUAUUGGAUUCUCAUCCUUCGUUGAAUCCCGCGCCCAUGCUCUCGUCGACCUCUCCCUCUACGUAACCAGUCAGAACUACUACAACCAGACCUCCCCCGCAUACGGCACCAUCCUUCAGUGGCCGAACCAAUGGAUUCUUCCCCCUAAAAUUCACGCUGCCGCAAAAGCCCGAACAGAUCAUCUCGGGCUCUCGUCGCUGGAUCUACAAGCCAUUGAAGAACAGCGCCAACGCGAACAUUCGGCCGCCGUCGCAGCCGGCCAGAUCCCUCCAAACUUCAUCCGCCGGCCGCGUGAUACCGUCACAAGUCUUCUGGGAAAGACGUCGCAACAGAACCAGUUCCGACUGGAUGCCUUGACGGGGGAGCUCUUCGAGCCGCUGGAAGAAAUCCUCGGUGACAAAGUUUAUCUCCUCACGGGCGAGAACGAAGGUCCAUCUAGCUUAGACUGCUUGGCUGUUGGAUACUUGUCCUUGGCUCUUGUCCCGGAACUAUCUUUCUCAUGGCUCCGCGAUGCGAUGAAGAGCAAGGCGCCUCUGUUGACGGUAUAUACCGAGCGCAUGCGCCAACAGUGCUACGGCCUCGGCGCCGAGGUGUCGCAUGCGUAUACCCCUACCCCAAAUAGCGGUUCGUCACUACCUUGGCGUGCACCGGAGCGUGCACGUCUCACUACGUUGGGGAACACUCUCUUCAACGUCCUUGCCGACAACACGCCGAUCCUCAAAGAUAUCCGCGCCCAGGAUAGGCUGCGGGUAGCGGCGGAAUCGCCAGACUCGGGCCUCUCGGAGCCCGAUAGCCGGAAACUCUCUGCGCUUGCGAAGGGACAGAAGAAAGAUAUUCUGGUUAAUAUCGCAUACGCCGUGAGUGGCAUUGCCGCGUUGAUCGGGUACAUGGCGUACGAGGGGUUUUUCUCUGCAGAAGUAGGUGAUGAAUAUGAAGAGGACGACGAGCUUGGGGAUAUGCCGGAUAUAGAGCCCGACUCACUCCAGGCGCAGAAUUUCCUAACUGGGUUUUGA